AUGGGAGGUGGCAAAAACCAAAGGUACUUGCAGCACCAGCCUGGCCCUGAUGGCGCCAAGAGGCUCAUAGCAGCUGUCACCUUGAACCAAGCCAGCAAAACAACAAAAAGCCACCAGCAGCUUAUUGAGCUGUUGCUUCCAGCUGCCAAAACACCAGGUGCAACCAAGGCACAGGUGCUAGCAGAAAGAGAAGCUCGUUCAAAAGUUUGCAAAAUAGGCCUUGCAAAAGGGCUUCUGGAGACACCGCACUGCAAGUGGGAAAAAGCUGUGGGUGGGCAACAAGAAGAAGAAGUGGAGGAAGUGGAGGAAGUGGAGGAAGAAGAGUGGUGGCACAAAGGCUGGAAGAAAGGUGGCAAGAGCUGGGAUGAAUGGUGGAAAGACAGAGAAGAUGAAUGGCAAGAAUGGAAAGAUUAUGAGAGGGAGGAGGGAGAAAAGGCUAAUGCCACCAAAAACGAAGCUGAUAAGAUGAAGCACCAGUGCAAGAAGGAGGAGGAAGAGGAGUCUGUUCUCCAAGGUACCCCAGCCAGGUGGAAGAACAGAAAUGGCUCCACAAAGGAAAGGGGCAGGAGGAAAUGGAUGGAGGGAAAAGCAAGGGAAGCAGGCCAGGAUGAAGACCAUGUCGACCUGGUGAAGCUGGCCGCCUUGGGCAACAGCAGGAUGAAUGGCCACCAGGCUGCACAGGCAGCCCAAGCUGCCCAAGCCACAGCCCAGAUGGCACAGUGGCAAAGAGCAGAGAGUGCCAGCAUGCUGCCUGCGCAAGAUGUGAUCCUUGCUAAAGCUGGAGGAGCCGAGCCUGGGAGGCCAAGCACCAAUAAUGGCAAGCAGGAAGGUGAGAGGGGAGUGAGGUCCAAGGCCAAGGCCAAGCCUGGUGCAAGGCCUGAGGGAUGGGAAGGUGCAACCCCCUCAUCCCACAGGGAUGCAGGGGGUGACACUGGGUGGCACAUUGCCCAGAGAAGAAAGAAGAAGGCCAAGCAGCGAGCCUUGGGCAGGAAAGCAGGUCUUGCAAAAGGGUUGGGCCCUGCAAAAGGGCAUCUUGGACAUAGCUCCUGCAAAAAGGAGUUGGCCAAGAUGCCACCCAAGCCAAAAGCCAUGAAAGUUCUGAAGCUCAACCUGAAAAGGCCAGCUGGCCACAAAGAGGCGGAGAAGAAUAAGCAGGGCAUGUCCUUGGAAGAGAAGAUGGAGCUCUUUGCCAAGCACAAAAACAAGGAUGCGAAUGAGUUCUUGGAUGGUUUGGCUAAGAACCAGAGGGAAGCUCUUUGGCAAAGGUUUGCCAGUGCAAGGGCCUCACUGAAGGAUGCAGAGGCAGACAGCAUGUGGCAGAAGGUUGCCAAAGGCAAAGGCAGUGACCCUGCCAAGAAGGAGCUGCUGUCCACCUUCUUGAAGAUGGGGGGUGAGCUCAAGGGCAAGAGAGACUUGUUGCGCAAGGAGCUGAUCACCUACACCAAGUCUUCUGGCUCCGUCAACAGAGGCUCCAUAGCUUGCAGGCGAGACACCAUGGACAAGCAUGAGUGGCAGUUUGCCCUCAGGAAGACAGUGGUGUGGAGUGAGGAAGAGGUGAAGCAUGGCCUCCAUGGUGAGAGUGCGGCUACACAAUGGCUCAAGCCGAAGGCCCAAGACCUGUUGGAGGAUGAGGGUGAAGCCAAGGACUUGGCUUCCAGAGCCUUGGAGGAUGUGCUUCCCAAGAAAGGGGCAGGUGCAAGCAAACUGGAAGCCCUCGAGGACAAGUCUGAUGAUGAGGGGCCCAGCUCCAGCCAGAAGAAGAAGGAUGACCAUGUAGUUGAAGCUGACCUCCUUUCAGAGAUGGGCAAAGCUGUGCCAAAGAAGGAGUGCCAGGUCAGGAUCAGCAGAAUGGUGAAGCUCAUGAAAUCAGUCAAAAAGGAUGUGGGUGCUGAAAAAGGGCAAUGCUUGGAGAAGAUGGAGAAGCAAGGGGUUAAAGUGUUCCUUGAGGAUGCCAAGGGCAAGCUCUUUGAUGCAGCCAUCCAGGUCAAGAAGGCCAAGAAAUCCUGA